AUGUCUGCGACCUCAGAUAACAGCCAGGCAGACCCUUCGACGUCUGCCAGCGUGGAAGAGAUUCAGGAUGCAGAUCAACCAUCUGGCCCCUCCAUAACGGCAAACACCAAACCUCCAGAGAAGACAAUAUCCUGCGUAUCAUGUCGAAAACGCAAGCUGAAGUGCGAUCGGGUGAAACCGAAGUGUGGCACUUGCACGCGGCUUCGACACGAAUGCGAAUUCCCUGAGCGGAGGCGCAACCAGGGCAGCAAACGAAGAAAUAUCAAGGAAUUAGAAGCAAGACUGGCUCAAGUCGAGACGCAACUAAUCUCCGAGUCGAAACAGACUGCUACCACUCAAACAACAUUAAUACCUGGUGCUAAGAUGGAUUGGAACUCGAUUGGAAUGAGCAUGAACCUAGAUCCGGAACUGGAUGACGAUGGACUUCUCGACCCCUCAUUCGAUAUUUCGCAGCCUGGGCUUGGCUUCUCAGCACCAGCACCGACCAUGCCCACCGAUUAUUUUGGUUCCUACGAGCUGAUAGGUCUUGGACUCCAAGAGCCCCUACCUCCUCAGGAUAUGAUGGACGAGCUGCACACCAUAUAUUUUGAGAAAUACCAUCGAACUAUGCCAAUGAUGCAUAAGCUUCGAUACUACGCUUCGCUGGAUCGGGCACCGCACAUGCGUCCUCCUAUCUGUCUACGAUAUGCUAUGUGGACCGUGGCCGCCUCCCUUUCAGAUAAAUACUCCUCGUUUGAAGCCAUCUUCUACGAGCGGGCGCGGCGAUAUCUUCAAGAUGCGGAAAUGAAGGGGCACGGAGAAACGUUUAUUGCUGUGUACUACGCACAGGCUUGGAGUCUCAUGGCAGCUUACGAGGCUUCGAAAACUCUCUUCUCACGAGCAUGGUUGAGCGUCGGACGGACGGUUCGCCUUGCUCAAAUGUUGGGCUUGCACAGACUCGAUGGCGAUCACUCGGCUGGAAAGAAUAUGUUGGCCCCUCCAAAAGACUGGAUCGAGCUUGAGGAACGUCGGAGAACUUUCUGGGCCGCCUUUUAUGGAGACAGAUGGGCAAGUUCCGGGACUGGAUGGCCCAUGGUAGUCGACGACAAUGAUAUCUCGACAAAUCUGCCUGCAUCUGAGGAGGCUUUCGAGAACGGCGUAACGGAGGACACGAUAUCCCUACAAGAAGCAUUGACCCCGGAAGGUGCUGCCAAGAUCAGUUCCUUUGGUGGGGUUAUCAUAUCAGCAACCCUUUUCGGUAACAACUAUCAACACCUUCGUAAAAAGGGACCCGAUGAGCGACCUGAGGACCUGUCCAAUGGAGAGUUUUGGAAAAGACACCGGAGGAUGGAUAAUGUUCUAUCAAACACCUUCAUGUUCCUUCCAGAUCAUCUCCGUUUGCCACAAAAUGUUCGGGACAUGAAUGUCGUCUUCCUGCACAUGAACAUACAUGCCGCAUCCAUAUGUCUUCAUCAAGCCGCUAUUUUGAUGGCGAAGAAAUAUAACAUCGAUCCUAAUUUCAUCGAGCAGAGCCGCAAUCGAAACAUUAUGGCUGCUGAAGAAAUCACGAAUAUCAUGAGACUCAUUAGCCAUAUGGAUACAAGUAAUAUGAGUAGUUGGAUGGGCUUCUGUCUUUAUGUUAGUGGAGGAAUUUUCAUCCAGGAUCUCAAGUCAGAUCGGCCACGACCACAAAGUGAAACAGACCUAGAGUUUCUUCUUCUAGCACUGCGCGUUAUUGGCACCAGGCAUUCAAUCAUGAACCAUUUCACGGCACAACUUGAGCUUGAUAUGAACGCUGCCGGCGUCAACGAUAAGCUGGCAGAAUGCCCCGCCAGUUUCAACCCUUAUGGGAAUCAUUCAGACAAAUUGCCCGCUCCAAUGAGAAAAUUCGAAGAGCUCAAUACAUCAUAUUCGACUUCCCGCAAAUCUCCAUCUAUGACAGACGUCCUAGAAGAUUUAACCAACGGAAACAUCGCGGCAGGCUUUCGCAAAAAGGAUAAAGAGCCUCAUCCUUUUAGCGGUCAGCCGUAUACAACUCCUUAUUUCAUCCGCGAGUUGCAUAGACGCGAGAAGGAACUGAACGCAGACCAGAACACUCAGAAAGCGUCGAGUGGUGGAGGCACCGAGUCUACACCGGCUUUCACUGCCCACAUUCACGGCUUUCCGGCCACGACUGAUGCCUUCUGCGCUUUCGAACAAGAUUCCUCUGUACCAACUGGCGAUACACCUUCUAGCGAUUCAUCAAGCUCGAACAAAAUGCAAGGCAACCCCAACACAACACCACCAGAUCUAAACGCGAAAUCAUACCCUUAUCGACAUAUUGAUCCGAGCAACCACGGUGGCAAAUCCUACGGCAUUUUUCAAGCGGACCUUACCUCGUUUGGUGAUCUUCCUGCAGGCUGGGAUGGGCAGAACAACCUCCCUGGCCUUGACAUUGGUGAUCUGGGAGGCAAUGGGGCGCAACACGAUUUCUCUAGCUUCGAUAACGGCCAACAUGGAGUCGAGUUUCAUGACUUCAUUCGUACUGAUCCUUGGAAUACUGGGCAUUUACCAGAAUGA